GAGUGUGGGAGAGGAAUGGCGCCGGCGGCUGAAGGAACAAGAACAGAAACCGCUGGAAAAGCUGAGCAGGUCCGGCAGCUCGUGUUGAGAGAAAUGUGAGGACGUGUUUCGGGUCCGGGGAUCCUUCUUCAGAACAGGACCAGGUUUCAGAAACAUCCCGGGGAGGUCGCCAGGUCCGAGCGCCAAGACCUGGCUCCUGCCCCCGGGGAGAGGAGACAGUGAGACAGGAGUAUUUGAAGAUCUGAAGACAGAAGUUUCAAAGUCAACAGAUGAAGGGCUUAAGCUUGAAAUAUUGACUCUCCUGCUCUUCAGAUGCUGCCUGACCUGCUGCGCUUUUCCAGCGCCGCACUUUUCGACACUGAGUGUCCAGUGUCUGCAGUCCUCACUUUGACAUCAAUGUCUGACAGUCACUCAAUCCAUUGGGAACACAACAAUUUUCGACUGUGAUUCCGUGAGAAGGAGCAAAGCUGUUUGGUUCCUGUUUCUAUAUGUUUUCAGAAUCAGUGGGACUGGAUGAGAGACCGUACUGUUGCAGUCCACUGAGUGUGGAGCCAGAAAUAGUUAUACGACCUGGAAAGAGGAAUUUACGGCAGGGAGGGGCUCGACACAUGUUUGUGUGCAGCUGAAGUUUUGGCCAUGGAGAAACCUGAGGGAUCCUGCCCCGUAGAGAAACCAUGUAAGUGUGGUGACUGUGGGAAAAGUUUCCAUUUUCCGUCUGCCCUGGAGACUCAUCGGCGCAGUCACACCGGGGUGAGGCCGUUCCUCUGCACAGAGUGUGGUAAGACCUUCAGCAAUUCCUCUGACCUGCUGAAGCACCAACGGGUCCACACGGGGGAGAGACCCUUCAGCUGUCCCAAAUGUGGGAAGGGCUUUACCCAGGCCUCCAGUCUGCUAACCCACCGGCGGGUCCACACUGGGGAGAGGCCGUUUCUUUGCUCCAAGUGCGGGAAGGCCUUCAGCAAUUCCUCUGCCCUGCUGAGGCAUAAGCGGGGGCACAUUGGGGAGAAGCCUUUCAGCUGCCCUGAGUGUGGGAAGGCCUUCAGCAAUUCCUCCGACAGGCUAAAGCACCAACGGGUCCACACAGGGGAGAAGCCCUUCAGCUGCCCUGAGUGUGGGAAGGCCUUCAGCAAUUCCUCCGACAAGCUAAAGCAUCAGCGGGUCCACACAGGGGAGAAGCCCUUCAGCUGCCUCGAGUGCGGGAAGAGCUUUGCCCACGCCUCCACCUUGCUGACCCACCAGCGGGUCCACACCGGGGAGAGGCCCUUCACCUGCCCAGAGUGCGGGAAAGCCUUCAGCAAUUCAUCCGACAGACUGAAGCACCAGCGGGUCCACACUGGGGAGAGACCCUUCAGCUGCCCUGAGUGUGGGAAGGGCUUUACACAGUCCUCCACCCUGCUGGCCCACCAGCGGGUCCACAGUGGGAAGUGGCCAUUCACCUGCUGUCUGUGUGGGAAGGGAUUCACCCGCUCUUCCCACCUGCAGAGGCACCAGCGAGUUCACAUGCCAUGGCAGGGGAUGUGGAGUCUGAUACAGUUAUACGGCCUGGAAAAAGGAAUUCCCAGCAGUGAGGGGCAGUACAUGCGUUUGUUUGUGGCUGAAGCUUCGGACAUGGAGAAACCGUGGAAGUGUGGUAACUGUGAGAAAGGCUUCCGUACUCCGUCUGACCUGGAGAUUCAUCGGCGCACCCACACCGGGGAGAGGCCGUUCUCCUGUCCCAAGUGCAGGAAGGGCUUUACCCAGGUCUCUGCCCUGCUUAGGCACCAGCGGAUCCACACGGGGGAGAGGCCUUUCAGCUGCCCUGAGUGUGGGAAGGCCUUCAGCGAUUCAUCCUCCCUACUGACCCACCGGCGAGUCCAUACGGGAGAGAGGCCCUUCAGCUGUCACGAGUGCAGGAAGGCCUUCAGCAAUUCCUCAUCCCUGCUGAGGCACCAGCGGGUCCACACGGGAGAGACCCCCUUCAGCUGCCCUGAGUGUGGGAAGGCCUUCAGCCGUUCCUCCACUUUGCUGACCCACCAGCAGGUCCACACAGGGGAGAGGCCCUUCAGCUGUUCUGAUUGCGGGAAGGCCUUCAGCUAUUCCUACUCCCUGCUGAGGCACCAGCGGGUCCACAUGGGGGAGAAGCCCUUCAGCUGCCCCGAGUGCGGGAAGGCCUUCAGCUAUUCUUCCUCCCUGCUGACCCACCGGCGAGUCCAUACAGGGGAGAGGCCCUUCUGCUGUCCCGAGUGCGGAAAGGCCUUCAGCGAUUCCUCCUCCCUGCUGACCCAUUGGCGAGUCCACACGGGGGAGAAGCCCUUCAGCUGCCCUGAGUGUGGGAAGGCCUUCACCCGCUCCGCCCACCUCCGGAGCCACCAGCGACUUCACGUGCCAUCGCAGGGGGAGUGACAAAGCGACUGCCGAGUGCCAUUAUCGACUGGACUAUCAACCCAGUUCUGGGAUCUGUUGGGUUUGAAUCCCACCGCGGCAGAAUUGGAAUACGGUCAGAACCUAAUGAUGAAACCAUUUUCUGUGGGGGAGGGGUUGCUUUUUUUUUAGGGAAAGAAACUGCCGUUGUGGGAAAGGAUUCACUCAGUCGUCCCAGCUGCAUCCUUUACCCGGUCUGGCCUACACAUGACUCCAGACCCACAGCAGUCUGUUUCACUCCACACUGCCCUGUUCCUGGCCCCACGGGUUAAGGCUGUACCAAGGAUCCAAUUACAAAGGGACAACUCUGUGCUGACCGAUAGUAAAGAAAGUGGGGUGGGGUGGAGGAGGGGGAGUGUGUGCACUUUGACCUUGAGUUGUUUAAAAAGCAGCUGCUUUCUCUCCCCCUUUUUGCUGGGGGGGAUCUGAAGCUGUAACAAAGUUGGGUCACAAUAAAGAUUACCUGAACUUAC